AUGUUCAAAUUUUUACUUCUUCUACUGCCUUUUUUCCUUCAUGUCCAUUCUUUCUCUGAUGAGAUGUUUGAUACAUUGAAAUAUGUGUCAUAUCUCACUAACAGCGUUUACUGCGUGAAUACUUUAAUACUCACUGACCCUUUUCAUGACGGUAAGUGGUACAUGGAACAACAGGGACUCAACGUAGUUAAAGUUUUUGAUCCGGACAUGACCCGCGGGCAGUUUUCCUGUUAUAGCAUGAUAGCAAUAAAUGACACGGCUAAGCAGAUUUCGAUCAUAUUUAGAGGGUCGGUAACAAUUCAAGAUUGGAUUGUGGAUUUCAUUUUUCCUGGGGUUCCAUACCAGCCACUUAGUGGCGCUGGAAAGUGUACGGGAGAUUGCUUUGUACACUCGGGCGUAUAUGAGCAAUUUAAGUUGGCGUACAACGAUAUCUAUUCCGCGUUUAAGCCAGUACAUGAUGCUCAUCCAGACUAUGAGGUAAUUAUAACUGGCCAUUCUCUAGGCGGGGGAUACGCGUACUUGAUGGCAAUUGAGCUGCAAUUGUUGGGAUACAAACCACUUGUGGUUACAUAUGGAGGGAUGAGGAUUGGCGGCGCCGACGUUAACAAGUGGAUCGAUGGUCUCUUCAACUCUGAAGAAGUUGCGAAGAGGGUCAGAAACAAUGAGAGUCCAAGAAAUGCAUUCUACAGAGUAGUUCAGGAGUUUGAUAUUGUACCACUUGUCCCACCAGGUCCUGCAUAUACACAUGCCGGUGUGCAAUUUACAAUCAGAGAUGACUCUUCAUUCUGGGCUCCAAAAUCUGCUGUCACGUUUGAAGGAGCAAACCCUCCUCUCAGGGAAAUAAUAACCAAUAUCUUACUCUCGGGAAGGAUGUUAGACUUAUUACGUGCGGGUUCUCAUGUAAAGUAUUUCAGACGCCUGGCAAUCCCUUGCUUCCAAGAUAGCGUCAGCAUUGAUGGCACUGGCCGUUGA